AGUCCGAGGCCGUCAUAAGCUGAAGGAAGCUCCCUUCGAGCUUUGAACAAAAAAGACGAAGUCCUCCGCUCUGCCGGGUAUUUGCAUAACCACCUGAUCGCUAGACAUCCCCCGGCGUGUCUUGUUUGUGUUGUAUUUCGGCAUCAGUGGGUUAUCAUGACUGUUCCGCCGUGGUGAGAGAUCGUGGUGGAAGUGGGACGUGCAAAACGAGAGUCGCCCGUGUGGAUGUUUUGCGCGUGCGGACCCGGCAACAGCUUUGGCUGCGGGCGUUGAUUCGGACCGCACAAGCUGCGAGACCUCGCCGCAACGCCACUGGAGUCUGGCCGAAGCAAGCUCGCCAUAUGGCAAUAUCAUGGAUGGUAGCAACUAGCUGUGUACAAGUAAAUUAGCAGCAUGGUGCUCCGGAACAAGUUUGAGUCCCUAGAGAGGCAAUCAGUGUUGGGCUUCCUGCAUCGUCAUCGUGUGCGAAAUCUUUAGUGGUCGACGUCGCUGACUGGCGUCGGCAGCUGCGGCGCCCCAUGGUGCCUGGUGUGCCCAGCCAGGGGCGAUGGACACAAGCUGCUCCUCCCCGAGGCAGCAGCAACAGCAUCACCACCUCCCCCACCAUAACCACCUCCCCACAACAGCUGCAGUGGUCAUCAUUGACAGGUCACCUGCCCGUAGUACGACAAGUCCUGUCGCUGUGUGCAAACUGACGCCUUCUCAGGAACAACAAAGGGUCGCAGUGGUGGACACGCAAGGCCAGGGGAGCAAUGCCGGCAUCUACGUUGUCUGCAGCCGCUGCGGCCAAAUCAGUCACGACGUCAACAAGUGCGACUUCUGCUGCCGCCAGAUCUUGCCCGCCGACAGGUCCAAGCAGAGGGUGUAUGGUCCGAAACGACGCCUCAACUUGGACGGAGGAGCGGCGGCAGGCGGCGGCCUCGGUGCUGGUAGCCAGCAGCUGCAGCCGACUGAAGCGAAAAUUAGCAAGCGCACUUUCUAUGGGAACGACAUGGCAGUGAGGCCGUUACUGCCGGCUGUCAGCAACAACAACGUGCUCACCGUGAGACAGGCUGCCGUGACGACGAACGGCCAGACACGGCCGAUCCUGUCUGUGCCAGCUGCCAUGCAGCCUGCCAAGCCCGUGCGGAGCAUGCCCGCCUCCCGUAGGGGGAAGAGGGAGCCCGAGUGCUUGACCAUCUCCAUUUCCUCUGAUGAGGAGGCUGACGCGGAAGGAGCUGGCGAGGAGUGCCACCAGAGAACAGCAUUGUCCUCCGAGACGCCCACCAAGGAGAACCACCCCACCCCCCAGCCAGCCAUGGUGGAGGUGCAGUGCCUAGCGCGGGUGCAGGAAACGCAGCCCCAGAGUCCGCGUGGUGCUGGCCGGGGUUCUGUGGUGGUGCUCACGUCACCACCACCGACCACGCUUCGGAGUUUUGGCAGGAGCAACCCGCCGGCGCCAGCCAGUUCGGAGAUGCGCUUCAGCUGUCGCAGCAUCCGCAUCGGUUCGUACAAGGUGGCGUCGGGCGAGUACUGGGUCACCGUCUCGAAUCAGGGCUUCAUAUUCACCAUCCGGCCACCCAGAGAGAGCCAGGAAGUGACGCUGCAUCUGCUCGACACGGAUGUGGUGCAAGUGCUGGGCAACCUGUCGCGUAACAUGGGCGUGCUCUUUGUGUGCACCAAUCGCGAGUGUGCAACUGUCCUGCGCACAAAGCUGGGCAUGAACCGCAAGCUGCCUGGAUACUUCGACCCCGCAGGCACUGAGGAGUGCCAGAAGCGGAUCACUUUCCUUCCUGAGCCACCAUUCUCGGACGAGCAAAAGAGCUUCCUGCGGCAGGUGUUCCCCGGUCCCCUGUUGCAAGAGAUCAAGCAGACGCAGGCCAAUGAGAUCCUAAUCAAGUCCUCACCAGGACCCUCGAUGCUGACACAUCCAAUGGGCUAUGGUUCCUGUGCCCCACAGCACGCGUGUCUGCAGAGAGCGAGCGAAGCGGUGGCGACGUCAGUGGCUCCACCGGCAGCACAGCCGCAGGCCGGCUCCAUGCCUGCCGUGACGCAUGUUGUGAUUCACAAUGUGCCCAGCUCCUCUACUAUUGUGGCACGGUCUACCCGAUCUUCUUCCUCUUCCUCAUCCUCCUCGGCUAUCGCUGCAACAUCAGGCAGCAGUUCGGUCGUGACAACCAGCGAACAGGGGUCAUUACAAGAAGAGAGUUCGUCGGGACCAAAUAUAAAGUUGCUGGUGUAUCCCGCACCGCCCAAGACUGGUGGCAUCGCUGUCCACAGUGCUGAUUUGCGUUGCCUGCGGGAAGGGCAGUUCCUCAACGAUGUCAUAAUCGACUUCUACCUCAAGUACCUGCUGCUGGAGCGGCUAAGCGAAGAGGUGCGGCAGCGGACGCACAUCUUCAGCUCCUUCUUCUACCCACGCCUGACGCAGCGGCUCAACCCUCGUGCACCGGGACAGCAGGGCCUGACGCCCGCGGCACGGCGGCAUCGCAAUGUGCGGACGUGGACUCGGCACGUCGACAUAUUUGCCAAGGACUUCAUAGUGGUGCCCAUCAACCAGAACGCCCACUGGUUCCUGGCGGUGCUGUGCUUUCCUGGGCUGGUGGCGCGUGUCUGCCCCCCGCAGGAGGUGGCACCCGCCUAUGACGACCACACGCCCCUGGCCGAAAGCCAGAGUCCCGCAGCGAGCCCAAAGACUCCUGAGGGCAACCUGGAGGAUGGAGAGAGCGUGCUGGACUCGGACCCGGAUGAUGGCACGGAGCUGGAGGAGACGGGGAGUCCGCAUCCAAAAGGGGCAGCCGAAGCACAGACAGAAAGGGCGUACAUCCUAAUCCUGGAUUCUCUUCGUGGAGGCCUGUGCGGUAGGAGUCGCAUCGUGACGACACUUAGAGAGUACCUGACUGAGGAGUGGAAGGCCAAGAAGCGGACCCAGUUGAGCUUCUGCUAUGGCAACAUGCAUGGUUAUACACCACGCACACCCCAGCAGGGCAACUACAGUGACUGCGGCGUCUACCUGCUGCAGUAUGUGGAGAGCUUCCUCGAGAAACCUCCAAGCGCUGGUGACCCAGUGAAGCUGGAGCUGGGCGACUGGUUCCCAGAGGGUCUCGUUGCCCAGAAGCGUGCAGCCAUCCGCGACCUCAUCCUCAACCUGCACUUGCAUCAGCACCCAGGCAGUGACUUCCCCGAACGCUGGCGAAAGGAGGAAGAGGAGGAGGAAGCAGCAGCGCUCCGCGUGGAAGAGGCAACGUCCACCACUCUGCUUGUGACACCUGUCACAAAUACUGUCAUCCUUGUCUGCGCUGGGAACACCAGCCAGCCCAGCUGAGGUUACAAGGGACGGUGCUAAAGCUGCCACUGGCAAGACGUCGACCACGAAUGCACCUGGCUGGCAAACGCUGUUGUGAUUGCCUGCCACAAGGCGGCAGCUUCAGUUCUUUCUUCCGAGAGCGUGGCAGGACGUUCCAGGCAUUCAUGGCGGCACGCCUUCAGCCAGCUGCCUAGAGUGUGCCGCCGUUAAGACCCAAGCCAACACACGAGUGUAGCUAAGGGACUGUGGAGACAGAGUUACAAAAUGCCACUGCUGUGCUGCCUGUGUUGCCUUGGGUCUGCAUCUGCGCUGUUGGAUGGUCGCAAAAUGUGCAAGAAAAGAAACCUCGCCAGUGACUCUAGUCGCUGCAGUCGCACCCGGCAAUUGUGUCCCCUGCGAAUGCGGCGAAGGCCCAGCUGAUUGCCCACCCAAAGCAGGUUUCUGUCAUGGAGGUCAUUGUUAGCCAUGGAGUUUGCUAUAGGAAUUGUUGCAGUGCUGGCAGUUGCAUUGGUGAAGCACCUGCUUGAAGACUGUGCUUACGACAAGCUGCUGGGAAAACUCGGCGGUGCUGUUACCGUCAGCCUUGCCAUGGUGUGGCGGGAAAUUCGGGUGUGCCGUUCUUUUUUGUCAACUUGCAUUAAGCCCAAAUAAAGGUACUGCAAAAGAGUGAGGUGCCCUUAGAAGCCACAAAAGUAUGCUUAUUUCUCCAAAACCAAGACUCACUUCCACACUGGCACAACGGGAAGCAUUUGGAAUUUCGUAGCGUCCCUUGGCAGCUAACUGACAUGUUUGCUAGAGUUUAGUCGCAAAUUCAGUCACGUAAUUGCUUCAGGUUGCACUUGCAAUGUUAUGUGCUUGUGGGCUUUAGUGAACUCUCCUUUUUUAAUUUUCCCUCUGGCACAGGCAAGCAGUCUCGAAUCUCCCGCCCUGCCUUAAGGUUUAGCAAGGCUGCCUUAUCGCAAGAUGGAGCAAAGUGCCUCGGCAGGGUUUGCAAGCAUCAUCUGCCAUCGAUGUCUGGUGGGUCACUCAGUCUGCAGCGAGUUCACCUCUCAUGUGUGGAGCCAGCAUUCGGUUGUGCGACGCCCUCAGCGUGCCUGCUUGUGGUGCCGAAGCUAAGCGGCUGUGCAGAGGGAGGGCCGGAUUCGAGUGUGGCAGCGCUGCCGUGCCUUGCUGGCCGCGGCUUCUUGUUCAACCAUGUGUGAAUCUUCGCUGCGCGCAAAGUGUUGUCGUGCAGCGAGCACUGUUUUCAAAGUUGCUGCGCCAUGGUGGCAGAGUUGGGUAGGCCUUUCCCUACUGUGCAUACAGAUGGUUUGGUUUGCUGGAAGCUAAACUCUACUGCGUACUCUGUACAUGCAUUUCUGAAUUUUUGUUUUAAAAUCUAUUUUUAUUUUUGUGAUGCCUUUCUUCUUUAUGCUGUGCCCCCCCACCUUUAUGAGACUUUUUUCUUAUUUGUCGUGUUCAUGGCCAAGUGUUUGUAGCCUGCAUUCUGAUUUCAAACUUGUGAAAGGUAGGAAGAGGCCUGGAAAGGGGCUCAACGCAUGAGCUUGCCUCGGGGACAGGGCCUCCAUUGCUUUUCCCCAAGGUCAGCAUAAGAGGAAGGAAUGACCAGCAAUUCAGCACUGCCUUAAGUGACACGAUCUGUUGACAAAGCGUAAUCUGCCACAUAUAGAGUCAAAAGGCAGGUACAAAAGAUGCCUGUAGCUGAGCCAUUUGGAUUGUCACACUGUUUAUCUUUUUUUUUUUUUUCGGCCUUGCAUAACUUUGAGAUUGGGCACAUGCACAAAUGCCAGAAACGAAACGGGGAGGGAGGAGCAUGCCUGAAGUGACGUUUACUAAAGAGUGAGCAGCCCUCAACCUAUGCAAAUCAGCUUCUCCUCUAGAGUUAGAUUCUGGGCACAGCACCUUCAUGCUGGUCAUACCUGUUUCCUUCCUUCUGGUCAGCGGCCUUUCAGGCCGAUAGAAAAAAAAAAGAAGAGCGAGCUACGUGACCGGCUCCUUGCAUUAUAUAUAUAUAUUUUUUGCCCAGUAUCAAAGUAACGCGGCUCAGCGAUUGCGGAGGUUAAAGAAUUGUUCAUGUUAAGCAGUUCAGUUUUGUUCAUUCUUGUAUUGUACAUAGGUGGCUAGACUUUCUUGUGUGUUCCCCGCUGGAGGCCAUGCUAGGUUAGUGCAAGUUCCUUUACAGUGCCCUGCUGUGGACUAGGCACGACUGUGUCCUUGUGUUGCUGCAGGCACACAAUGCAUUUUUUUUUUCUUCUUCUCAAGGACCCCACGUGAUAUCGUGGUGCAUCUGCCGUUGAGCCAAGUGCAUUUGGUGUGCUGUUUAUGUUGUUGUGACUCUCUGUUGUUGCUUCAAAGCCUAGUUAAGCCAAAGUUGUUUUGCUGCAAGACUGAACUCCAAGCAGGGAAGUUAAAACUACUCUGGCAUUUGCCACCUCAACACGUGCUGCAGGCUGCCAUUCCAGAUAUAUGCACCUCCUACAUGCAGAGAGUACCAGCCGUACGACUUCAAGUUGCUAUUUGAGGAAAGAAAAGGGCUGACAUCUAUGCCGAAAUCAGCUGUAAAAUCAUUACACUUGUUUAAUCACAUAACCUGAGAAUACCUUUGGAAAGGUCAUAACCAGCGAGACUCUGAAGAAGUUAGGGAUAAGCAGUUGAUUCGAGCACGUUGACUGGAGCGAGGCAAGGUCAGAGUAGGCUUGGUGUUCUGUCUCUGUGCAGAGGACUCUGUUCCAUCAACCCACAUGUACGACAUUCCGUUCACUUUGAGGUCGUUCUGCUAGCUCUUUUAGCACCGCACCCACUCCCUACCUUGGGCAUACACACCUGUGUGCAGAAUUCCGUGCAUCCCAUGCUUGCAUGUCUGUCAACACCGUACUCAUUCUGCAACAUGCUGCGAGUGCAGCUAGCACCUGCAGAGCCCAGUGUUGCGAGUCUUCUGGCUGGAUGCCACGAUCUCUGCCAACACUGCCACUAAGUCAGCACUGCAUGCCUGGUUUCUUUUUGGUGCGUUUGUAUGUUUGCGUGUGUGUGCACCUGUAGGAAGAAAGGACGGGACUUCUGUCGGGUCGCUCGCCUUCCUUUUUUGUCAUCAUCUGUGGAACUGCGUCACGGAAGCUCGCAGCGAGCAGACAACAGAGCAACGAGUGUGUGCUGAACGUUUCAUCUGCUCACUGUGCCGUCGUGAACGUGCCCAGCGAUCCAACCCCUGUGUCCACGCUGCGCCUGUUUCGUACUUCCCCCACCCCCCUGCCUUGAACUUGUAUUUAAUGAUUUGUACAUAAAACUCGCAGUGACGUCUCGACAGACUGGGCAAGGUGCAGGAGUCAUGGACUGUUUUUACCGAACCCCUGUUUAUAUGCGCCGCUGAUGAAGCAGCUUUGUUGCUUGAAGUCGUGUGAGGAGGUCGUUUGUUGUGUUCGCGAUUCGAGUUAAGAAACCUGCUCGAAGAUGUGAAUAAAUGCAUAUAUAGCGCAAUG